CGAAAACCCCAAAUUGGCAACCUAAGUAGUUUCGGAGAUAUCUUGUGAAAUGUGUACGAAAACAGAGAAAAUUUUAGACUAAAACUGGUCGCAUUUUUCAGGGCUAAUGUCACCCCCCUGAAUAUAUAAUUAUUUCCUAAGAACAGUUAGAUAUUAUUUAGAUUGAGGAUUAGUUUAUAAAUGUUUUUGGAUUGGUUUUAGGGGUACUAGUGUAGUUAAAUAAAGUAAUUUGUACCCAAAGCGUGAAUAAGUAGGUUUCAAAGUAAACUGCUAGUGGCGAUCGGCAGAUCGUCGCCGAUCUGGAGUUAAAGAUUGACAGAACGUUACUAUUUUGCUAAGAAAUCGGCAGAUCAGUACAAUCCUUGCAAAAGAUCGGCAGAUAUGUACUCAAGUGAACUGAUAGUUGCACAGUUAUACCACAAGAGGUGAAUAAGUAGCUCUCAAGGUAAACCGUGAUCGGUGAUAGGCAAAUCGACGCCGAUGUCGAGUCAAAAAUCGGUAGAUCGGCACAAUCUUUGCGAGAGAUCACCGGAUUGGCACUCUAGUGAACCAUGAGCGGUAGUUAUCUAUUCCUUGUUUGUAUACAUAAUUUUUACUUCAUCAUAAUUCAUUCGUUAUUAAUUCAUUCAUCAUAAUUUGUUUUCGGAAGAUUUUAAUUUGAAAUUAGUAAUUUAAUGGACUUGACUUUGCCAUAUAAAGAAAACUGUGCCAGAGAGUGAAUUUUAAACAGAAAUCCCUGUAGCAUACAUUUCCAGUCAGAAGGAGAAGAAGCAAAAAUGAAGAAGUGGCAGUAUUUUGAUAAGUCUAUAUGAGAUGGGAGAUACUUUGAGAAAGAGGCAGGAAUUACCAGUUGAGAGAUUCAUUGAAGAAUGGGAAGAAUGAAAGGAAGGAGAGAUGAAGAAGAUACAAAGUAUCCCAAGAAAAUGCAUGUGGACGCAUCUGAGGCUGUGCGUGAAUAUGUAUUUGCCCUGCAUCUUCUCGGGGAUGGCAGAGAAUCUCAGCUAAUCGUGCCUUCGGCCCAAACUCUCGGGCUUCAGCGCCCAAAUAUUCCCAUUCUCGCUUCAGUCGUCUGCCGAAGACCAUCCUGAAUGGAUGGGUAGAAGAAGCAAAAAGUGCUGUUCCCUCUGAAGUGACCAGAAAAAAAAAGAAGAAAGAAUUGAAAACGCCCUCAGUGAUCUUUUUGUAUGUUGGCCAGUUCCUAGAAAUCGAACUCUGUGAUUUGGGUGUCUCAAGCAAAGUUCUUUCUCUCUUGGAGAGAUCAAUCCAUUUCGGGUGGCUCUUUAGGGCCGAGUGAUCUCAUUGCUAAGGAAUGGGAGUCCGCGGCCGAGUGAUCCUUUCCCUGGUGAUCGUGGCUCUUUUGCCCACGAUCUCCCAGACUGCAGAACUCACUCCUCCGUACUUCAAUUUGGCCGAAGGACGAAAGAUCCAUGCCACAGCUACUUGUGGAGUGGAUACAGACGGUCCUGAACUCUACUGUAAAUUGGUGGGAGCUAACACGGAAAAUGAUCAUAAUUACUACUCUCUCAUUCAAGGACAAGUUUGUGACUACUGUGAUCCCACAAACCCUGAGAAAUCCCAUCCUCCGGCUUAUGCCAUCGAUGGAAAGGAAAACUGGUGGCAGAGUCCUCCUCUUUCGCGAGGGAUGAAGUACAACGAAGUGAAUCUGACCAUCGAUUUUGGCCAAGAAUUUCAUGUGGCAUAUUUAUUCAUCCGAAUGGGCAAUUCUCCUCGUCCGGGUCUGUGGACACUGGAAAAGUCCACAGAUUAUGGAAAGACAUGGAAACCCUGGCAGCACUUUUCGGACACUCCGGCAGAUUGUGAGACAUAUUUCGGGAGGGACAGCCUUAAGCCCAUUACUCAGGAUGAUGAUGUCAUUUGCACAACGGAGUAUUCGAAGAUUGUGCCAUUGGAAAAUGGAGAGAUCCCAGUAACUCUGCUGAAUAAUCGUCCUUCUGCCAACAAUUACUUCAAUUCCACGAUUCUGCAAGAAUGGACUCGAGCUACUAAUGUCAGGAUCAGGCUGCUGAGGACUAAGAAUCUCCUGGGACACUUGAUGUCUGUCGCAAGGCAAGAUCCAACAGUAACUCGUCGAUAUUUCUACUCCAUCAAAGAUAUCUCAAUUGGAGGACGAUGCAUGUGCAACGGACACGCAGAUACUUGCCACAUUUUGGAUCCCUCCAGUCCUAAUAGGGUCCUGGCUUGUCAGUGUCGCCAUGAUACGUGUGGAAUCCACUGCAAUGAAUGCUGUCCAGGAUAUGAGCAGAAGAAAUGGCGUCAAAACACCAAUGCUCGUCCUUUCCAUUGCGAACCAUGCAAUUGUUUCGGACACUCAUCCUCUUGCAUCUACGACGAAGACGUGGACGCCAAGGGUCUUUCUCUGGACAUCCACGGCUACUACGAGGGUGGUGGAGUCUGCCAGAAUUGCCAACACAACACUGAGGGCAUAAACUGCAACAAGUGCAAGGAGAAAUUCUAUCGUCCCUAUGGCAAGCAUUGGAAUGAAACGGAUGUCUGCCAUCCUUGCAACUGCCACUAUCACUAUUCCACGGGCAAUUGCGAAGAGGAAAGCGGACGCUGCGAGUGCAGAAAAGAAUUCCAGCCACCAAAUUGCGAUUCUUGCUCCUACGGUCACUUUGGCUAUCCAGACUGCAAACCCUGCACUUGCAAUCUCAACGGAACCAAUGGAUAUGCAUGCGAACCUCACGGAGGGAAAUGCCCCUGCAAGCCCAACUUUGAUGGGGACUACUGCGAGAAAUGCAAAGAAGGAUACUACAAUUUCCCCGAAUGUACUCCUUGCGAGUGCUUCCCUCUUGGAUCCGUGAAUUCAGUAUGUCAGGAGGAUGGUCAGUGUCCAUGUCUCAGCAACUUUGCUGGCAGUCGCUGCGAUGAUUGCAAAAAUGGAUACUUUGGCUUCCCAAAUUGUUUAUACUGCGACUGCGAUAUCAGAGGAACGGUCGAUGAGGUGUGUGAUAAAGAGAAUGGAGUAUGUAUCUGCCGAGAGGGUUUCGGAGGUCCACGAUGCGAUCAGUGCCUUCCUGGCUUCUACAAUUAUCCAGAUUGUGUUCCCUGCAACUGUUCCCUACAUGGCAGCAUGUCCCCCUAUUGCGAUUACUCAGGAAAGUGUCCUUGCAUUUCGAACUUUGCCGGAAAGACCUGUUCAUCGUGCAGUGCUGGGUACUACAAAUACCCAGAAUGUCUUCGAUGCAACUGUGACAUUCAUGGAUCUGACGGGAUAUCCUGCAAUGCCGAUGGACAGUGCCUCUGUUUCCCCAAUUUCGAAGGGAAGACAUGCAAUCAGUGCAAAGAGAGCUUCUACAACUUCCCUGCUUGCGAAGAGUGCAAUUGUGAUCCUGCUGGAGUUAUUCCUCAAUUUGCUGGCUGUGGUUCGGUUCCAGCUGGAGAACUGUGUCAGUGCAAGAAGCGUGUAACUGGUCGAAUUUGCGAUGUCUGCAAACCGCUUUACUGGAAUCUCAAUGUGUCGAAUCCUGAAGGAUGUGAGGAGUGUAAUUGUUUUGUUGAUGGUACCGUUGGAGCUUUGGAUACCUGCGACACCAAAACUGGCCAGUGCCAUUGCAAACCUACAGUUGGCGGACGAACCUGCAACCUCUGCAAGGAUGGCACAUUUGAUUUGCAUGCAGGAAAUCUCUUCGGUUGUCACGAUUGCGGUUGCGACAUUGGCGGUUCGAUCAAUGGAGUUUGCGAUAAGCUUACAGGGCAGUGCAUGUGUCAUCCUAGGAUAACAGGAAGAACAUGCAAUCAACCAUUAACAACUCAUUUCUUCCCCACGCUUUUCCAAUACCAGUAUGAGUAUGAGGAUGGAAGGGGACCUCACAAUGAGUUUGUUCGCUUCCAGUACGACGAGAAUAUCUUCCCUGGCUUCAGUAAGAAGGCUUAUGCCGUUUUCUCAAACCUGCAAACUGAGGUUUUGAAUGAUGUUCAUGUCUUCAAAUCAUCGGUCUAUCGUAUUGUAAUCCGAUAUGUGAAUCCAUCGGACAAGGACAUCAUCGGGCAGAUCAAAAUUCAACCGGAGAAUCCAAGUGAAGUUGAUCAAGAUGCUAAAGUUCUCUUCAAGCCAACGGAUAGUCCGCAGUUUGUCACUGUUUCAGGAGUAAGGGGAGAAAUACCAUCUCCUAUUGUUCUUGAUCCUGGUCACUAUACCAUCAAAACCACUAUUGAUAAGGUCAUCUUUUUGGAUUACUUUGUUCUUCUACCAGCUGCUUACUAUGAAGCUUCGAUUUUGACGAGGAAAAUUGAAAAUCCCUGUGAAAUCACAGAUCUCAGUCUCUGUAGUCACUUCAAAUAUCCGAGUAUCAAAAUGUAUACUCCUGCUUACACUGGAUACAAUACCGAAGACAAAUCAUCCACUUCUACAGUCAUGCAGUAUUCAGACUAUGAGCAUUUAUCAAUUCAGGGAGAAGAUCAGAUACCUGUACUCAAUGGUUACCAACCCAAGCUUUACUUCCCCAUUAGAGUGUGGCAAUCAGGAAAAUAUAUCCUUGUUGUUGACUACAUUACAAGACGGGACUACGUUGAGCCUGAACUGGCUAGUGUUCAGUUGGUGGGAGACGACGACGAUGGUGUUAUUACUUACUACCCUUGUUCUUACACUACGCCUUGCCGCCAACCUGUAAUUGAUUCCAAUUCCCGGGAAAAAAUCGUUCACCUGGACAACGAUGUUGAGCAUACUGUUGUGCUCAAUGCUGGACGCAAGGAUAUCGGUAUCAUCUCAGUUACUGCAAUUCCUCUGUCUCAAUGGUCUCUCGACUAUGUCACUCCAAGUCAAGUUUGCGUAAUGCGAGAUGGAGAAUGUGUCAAGGGAUCCUUCAGAACUGUUCCUGAUUCGAAGAAGAUUGAGUUUGAAACUGAUCAUGAAGAUAUGGUGUCUGAUAAUCUUUCAGACGUUGUAUUCGAUAACAACACCAAACUCAUUAAUCUUAAUCGUGAUCUAACUACCAUUGAGAUCAGAUCAAAGGUCCCUAGUCCAGGUCGAUAUGUUAUCCUGGUGAAAUUCUACCAACCAUAUCAUCCUAAGUUCAACAUUGACUACCGAAUCCAGGUUGAUCAGCAGACCCUUGAGGGCAAGUUCCCGGUUCGUCAUUGUCCAUCUAACAUUGGUUGCCGAGAAGUGGUUAAAGGUGAAGGUGAUUACAUCUGGUUUGACAUCGAGGACUCCUUUGGAUUGACCCUGACUAAUGCUGAUCCUAGCAAAGAAGUUUGGUUGGACUUUGUUCUCCUGGUUCCAGCUGAUCAAUUCAAGGAGUAUCUUUUGACCCAGGAAACCUUCGAUCAGACCAAGGAAUUCAUUCAGUACUGUGGUCAGGAUCACUUCCAUAUCCAGCUCAAUGCAUCAGAAUUCUGUAAGAAGGCAGUAUUUUCUCUUACUGCUGACUACAACCACGGAGCCCUACCAUGUGCUUGUGAUAUUGACGGAUCAACAAGUUUGGAAUGUGAUCCCUUCGGUGGACAGUGUCAGUGUGGACCCUAUAUUACCGGCCGACAGUGUGACACUUGUCGUAUUGGUUACUAUGGUUUCCCGCACUGCAAACCUUGCAACUGCCCAACAACAGCUCAAUGCGACGUUCAAACUGGAGCCUGUAUCUGUCCGACGAAUGUUAUUGGGGAGAGAUGUGACAAAUGUGCCCCCUAUGCUUACGGAUUCGACAGUGUUAGCGGAUGCAGGGAUUGCCAUUGCGAUCCGCUGGGUACUUUUGGGAAUCUUCAGUGUGACAUCAACAACGGAAGCUGUACAUGCAAACCACACGUAGUGAACAGGGCUUGCGAUAAAUGCGAGAAUGGAUACUUCAACUUCCCCUACUGCGAUCCCUGCAAUUGCGAUGUCAGAGGAACUACCUUUGAAAUUUGCGAUCAAGUUGACGAGUCGUGCAACUGCAAGAAGAAUGUUGUUGGCCAAAAUUGCAGGGAUUGUGAGGAAGGUACUUACAACCUGCAAGCAUCGAAUCCCGAUGGUUGCACCAAGUGCUUCUGCUUUGGUAAAACCACACGCUGUGAAAGUGCUUUUCUACGUCCUCUAAACAUCAGCGUAUUCAAGGAUGUGUCGAUCGCUUCGAUUGCUAUCACUCCCGAUGAAGUUCAUAUUGAUCAAUGGCCAACCGAUACACCAAAUAUCCUCAUAGAUGAUCUACGUUUGGAAAUCCAUGUGGACUACUCAAAUUUGGACACUGAAAAACUUGGCGUUGUUUAUUUCGGCAUGAUUGAUAGACUUGUUGGUCAGGACAAUCAUCUUACAGCUUACGGUGGUUACCUGACUUACAAUAUUCUUUACACAACUGGACUGCACGGAAAAGCGGUCAUUGCUCCUGACGUCAUUCUAAAGGGCAAGGACCAGACUUUGGUUCAUCAGAGUUACGAGCAACCGGCGAAUGGAUACCCGUUUACUGGGUCCGUCAAGAUGAUCGAGUCGAAUUUCAGGACCACAAGCGGAGCUCCAGUAACACGUGAGCAAUUCAUGACUCUUCUGAAGUGCCUUGAGAAGAUAUACAUUAGAGGAACGUACUGGGAGUCUACGAAAGUUUCGAGGUUGUCCGAGGUUGCUCUAACCAUGGCAGAUGCAGACCUUGAGAACUACGGGUUGUACGAGGAUUUGGCUGUAGAGAAGUGCUACUGUCCUGCAGGAUAUCAGGGAUUGUCGUGCGAAGACUGCGCUCCAGGAUACUAUCGUGAUCCCAACGGACCUCAUGGUGGCUACUGCAUUCCAUGCCAGUGCAACGGACAUGCCAAGACUUGCGAUUACAAUACGGGAAUCUGUCACGAUUGCUUGCAUUCAACCACCGGAGAUCACUGUGAGACUUGCAUCGAAGGAUUCUACGGAAACGCUACAUAUGGUAGUCCCUAUGAUUGCAUGAUCUGCGCAUGUCCAAUGCCAAUUGAAGGCAAUAAUUUCGCCACGAGCUGCGAAGUGUCUGAUGACGGAUACCAGAUCCAUUGUGAGUGUAAACCGGGUUAUACAGGAGCUAGGUGCGAAAGUUGCGCUGCUGGAUUCUUCGGGGAACCCGAGAAGGAGGGCAACUUUUGCGUUCCUUGCGAAUGCUCCGGAAACAUCGAUCCAAAUGUUCCGGGAUCAUGCGAUUCGGUUACUGGAGAAUGUCUUCUCUGUCUCAAUAAUACAUUCGGAGCAGCCUGCAAUCUCUGCGCUCCUGGAUUCUACGGGGACGCUAUUGAUCUUAAGGACUGCCAGAGCUGUGUGUGCGACCAAAUGGGAACAGAGUACUGCGAUUCUCAUGUUGGUACAUGCCACUGCUUGAGGAAUGUUGUUGGUGACAAGUGCGAUCGUUGCGAUGACGACCACUACGGUUUCGAUUCUGGUUUGGGUUGUAAGUCCUGUGACUGCGGUGUGGCUUCAGAAAGUACGCAAUGUGAUGAUCAUACUGGGGAUUGUAGAUGCAUGCCAGGAGUUACUGGACGUCAAUGCGAUCGAUGUCAACCGGGAUACUGGAAUUAUACUAGUUCAGGAUGCUUGCCUUGCUCUUGUAAUACGGACUACUCCAGAGGACUGGGAUGCAAUGCCUUAACUGGUCAAUGUGAAUGCCUGCCGGGAGUUGUCGGAGAGAAGUGUGAUUCUUGCCCAUAUCGUUGGGUUCUCAUCCCUGAGUCCGGAUGCCAGGAGUGUGACAUCUGUCACCAUGCUUUACUCGACGUAACGGACUCACUUAGUUCCAUGCUUGGUCCUGUAGUAGAAGACUUCCAAACCAUUGCUGGAGGUUACUUCACAGCACAGAAGCUGAACUACUUCGACGAGUUGGCGAACGAAAUCCAGCCGCAGGUACUUGCUCUUGAUCCGAAAGGUGUUAAUUUGAAUCCCUUGGUUAAUGACAUUGAAGCUCUGGAGCAAGAAACCAAAAAUGCCGAAAGGAGGAUCAACUACGCUGACUUGAAUGCCAAUGAGUUGAAGGACAAAGAAAGAGAGUUGCACAAGAAAGCUAUAGAUGUACUAGAUCAAAGUCUCGAUACUCAUGCAGCUGCAGAGUCAACAGUGAAUGAGGUGAAGAAGUUGGCUAACAGCCUUGAUGAUGCCGAAGAAGAGACUCACAUUGACAAAGCGAGAGAUGAAGCUGAAGCGUUGCUCAAAGGUAUCCUUGAGUAUAACAUUGAUUUGGAGCCAGCAAAUGAGCAAUUGGAGCAGUCUCGAAAGCAAUUGAUGGUGAUCGAUGUGACUAACUUGCCGGCCAACCUUCAGUACCUACAGAUGCAGAAUUUACAGAAUGCAACGCUUGAUUUCCAGGAUAGGCUGACUGAUUCUUUCAAAUUGGGCACAUCGGCUAAGGAGAAGGCUCUUAUGGCGAGGUUACUGAAUGAGAAAAACAAGCAGGCAAAAAUCAACUCGAAGUUCGAAACUCUGGCAGAUCAGACGAAGGAAGCUAGGCGACAUCUGCAGGAGGGUAGACAUACGCUGCAAAAUGCCACAAAUAUGCUCAAUGGGAUUGUUGAAAACACCAAGGAAAUCGACAGAGCAAACUAUGAACUGAAAGAUAUGAAUAUGCUUGUUGCCAAUAUCCUGCCAAGUAGGGACGUCGACUACAAGAACAGAACUGAUAAACUUAGAGAUGCUGCUAUCCAUGCUCAAAAUCUUCGGAUUACAUUUCAAGACUUGCUCAAUCAGAUGUCACACAUCGAAGGAAAUUCAGGACCUGCAAUUCGAGCUGCAACAUCCUAUUCUGACAUCGUCAACACUACAAAUGAUGCACGCAAAGCUGUACGUGAAGCUAUCUUCGCUGCAGGUAAUGCAACAGAUCUCACAACAGGAAUUGAAGAUCGCGCAGGACAUUCUGAUCAAGUCGCAAGUGAAUUGCUGGUAAAUGCCCAGAGAGCACUCAAUUCAGUCAAAGUUGACCUUCAACCACGAUUGGAAAAAUCCAUGAAUGAUGUGAAGAAAAUCCAAGAUAUGAAUCAGAACAGUGAUGAUCAAAAUACUGCUAUAAAUGUUUCACUAGAUUCAAUUAUUGGUGCGCCGAAGACGAAAGAAUUAGAAGAAGCUAAGGAAGUGUCCGAUGUUGCAAAUAAGAAAGCGCGGGAGUCACUUAAAGUUCUAAAACCGAUAGUAAGAUCCCUGCCUGAUGACCUGGUUCGUGCUGAAGAACUCCCCAAAGAAGUUGAUAAGACCAGCAAGGACAUUACUCAAAUUUCCAAUCAGGUUGACCAAGUUAAGACGAUUGUGCCGAACUUGGAGAAUCUCGUUGAGGAACUCGAACAGAGGCAAAACGCAACGAAUCUUAUUUCGAGUGAUCUUGGAGACCGAAUUGGUAAACUGAGGAAGCAGGUUGAGAUGGCAAGGGAUUUGGCAAACAGUGUUAAAGUCGGCGUGAGCUUCCAUCCGAACACAACACUUGAACUUAAGACACCGCCAAAUCUUCCGCUGCUGGCUUCAAAUACAAAGAUGUCGCUGUUCUUCAAUACGGAGAAACCUAACGGCUUCCUCGUGUACCUAGGAAAUGAGCAAGGUACCGAAGAAAGCAGACCAAAGCACAAUGACUUCAUGGCACUGGAAGUUGAGAAUGGCUACCCAGCCCUUACAAUGGAUCUGGGAUAUGGGCCUGAGAAAGUCAUUAACAGAAAGUUUGUUGCCGACGGAAAGUGGCAUGAGGCAAUCAUUGAACGAACGGGAAAUAAUGUGCAGCUUACAAUCAGGGAAGAAUUGGACGAUGGAUCAGAGAAACUGCAUACAGUCAACGAAACCCUACCCGGACCGUACUCAGUAUUCAACGUUGAUAAGGACAGCCGUCUCUUUGUUGGUGGCUAUCCUCCUGACUUUGUUCCACAACCUGGACUCACCUACAAUUCCUUCGACGGACAGAUAGAAGAUCUGAAGAUUGGGGAUCAGGACGUCGGACUGUGGAACUUUGUUGAUGGACAGGACAACACUGAUGGAGCUAAAGAAAGGGAUAGGCUCGUCACACAUGAUGCCCCGACAACUGGAUUCCGCUUUAACGGCAACGGUUAUGUCAUCUUAGACUCCAAGCCUUACUCCCUAAAAACACGCUCAAGCAUUCUGUUCAAGUUCAAGGCAAGCAGAGAUUCCCGAGAUGGUUUGAUGUUCUAUGCUGGAAAGCAUCGACACUUCAUAGCUGUUGAAUUGAAAAAUGGUGAAGUUCACUUCCAAUUCAAAUUGGGACAACAUGCCGUUAGUAUGCAUACCACAGCUAAGUUCAAUGACAACGAAUGGCAUUACGUUGAAGCGGUCAGAGAGGGUCGAAAGGGUGUUCUAACCGUAGACUACAAACCGAUGUAUGAAGAAGAGAUAUAUGAAGGGUCAGAGGAGAAUCUCAAGAUAUCAGACUCAAUGUACUUUGGCGGCUUCCCGGGUCGUUUGAAUCAUAGCGAAGUGACCAGCCAAGGUUUUGAUGGUUGCAUCGAUGGAGUUCAUAUUGCCGGCUCUCCGGUUGACCUUAGUCGAAAUCUCAAAGCUUAUGGUGUCCGACCAGGCUGUCCAAACAAACUCUCCACAUCCCUUACAUUCAAACCGAAUGAACCUGGCUAUCUACGCCGUGGAAACGUGACUUCGGACAACUACUUCCAAGUCAACCUGAAGUUCAAGAGUAAACAGGCUGAAGGAGUUAUCUUCUAUGCUACCAAUCACGACCAGAGUUCGAAUAUUGGUUUAGUCCUUCACGAUGGCCAUCUAAUACUAUCCAGCAACAGGGAAUCUGUUGUUGGCCGAGCUUUGAACGAUGGGGAAUGGCAUAUCGUUACAGCAACACACGAUAGCCAAAGUCUUCGACUGGAUAUUGAUGAUGAAAGUCACUAUGGAACUGAUGCUCCAGCACCUCUUUUGCAAAUAAGCCAUGGUGACAUCUUCUUCGGAGGUCUUCCGCAGAACUAUCGCGUACCAAAGAACUCUUUGAAGACCACAGCUUACUUCGUUGGUUGCAUAAGUGAUGUGACCGUCAACGGAGAUGUUGCCAACUUUGCAGAGUCAACAGAUAAGACCAAUGCUGUUCUAUCUGAAUGUCAUCCAGAUCUGCUUGAAUAUGACUUGUGGAAGGUCAAACACUAUUACCCGGAAGAAGGUGCAACUGCCCUACCACCAAGAUUUGGUCCUCCGGUUGAUGAUACAAUGAAUGAGGUUGUGCAUGAGCAUGAGAGAGAGAAGGAACCUGUAACACGUCCUGAAAUGCCAUCAGCUCAUGUGGAAACCACCCCUAAACCUACAACAACUACAACAACAACUACAACAACCCAAAGACCAUAUCGACGACCAGAAACACCAAAGCCACCACCACAGACAGAAUGUAGACUUCCAGCAGAGCCAGUUUGGGACGUUGAUUUUGAGGCUGGGUAUAGGUUCGGUACAGGACUCAAUACCCGACUUGAGUACCUUCAGAUGCCAAUUAAACCAAAGAGAGCCUAUGACUUCUCCUUGCAAUUCAAGACUCCCGAUCCUGAUGGUGUUCUCUUCUAUGCUGCAGAUUCGCGGCAUACGGACUUCAUAGCCUUGUACCUGCAGAAGGGUAGGCUGCAUCAUGUGUUCAAAGGAGGUGCCAAUAUGGUCAAUAUGUCUUCUCAGUAUGAGUACCACAACAAUGAGUGGCAUACUGUUUUCUUCUCUCGCUCUCACAGUAAAGGAAAAUUGAUUGUCGAUGAUGAUGAUAUCAGUGGAGGAGAAGCUACUGAACAAUUGAGAGCUAUGUCAGUUCAUCCACCGUACUAUUUGGGAGGACUGUCGCAACAGGUUGUCGAAGAUUCCUACAUCAACCUGAAACUAGAGAAGGGCAAAUACUUCAAGGGUUGCAUACGCAACUUCCAAUCUGCUGGACGCCCUGUUGGAGAUGCUGCCAAACUUGAAGGUGUUGUCCCUUGUUCAGAACAAGUUGAACAAGGUAACUUCUUCGGUGGUGGCUAUGUGAAGCUAAGAGAACGCUUCCGUGUUGGAAGUGACAUGACCAUUUCCAUGGAUAUCAAACCACGAACACAGGAUGGACUACUGCUGUCUGUCCAUGGGCGCAGAGCCUUCAUGAUCGUUCAGUUGGUUAAGGGAAAUAUUAGCUUUGUUGUUGAUAACGGAGAUGGACCAUUUGAAGCUGUCUUCAAUCCUGAACCCAAUGAGAACUUCUGCGAUGGCGAAUGGAGAACAGUUACUGUGGUUAAGUCUAAGUUUGUCAUCACUAUUAAAGUGAACAAGAUCAACUCUAAGCCACAGAUUGGACCAACAAAGACACCUUCUGCAGACACAACUAGACCACUGUUCCUGGGAGGACAUCCUUACCUUCACAAGAUACGAGGCUUAACUUCGAGGGAGUUCUACAAGGGAUGCAUUCGAAAUGUUCGUAUCCAGGACAGUCCUCAGGAGAUUACUCCUGGAAUGACUGUUGGCAAUGUCCAAACAGGAAUCUGCUCUACAAUAUAGUGGCAAACCCUGGGAGAAUCCUAAAUCAUCAAUUACAAAAAGGUGACGACAGUUUUGGCAUUUUCUUUUGGUGAAUAUCGCGCGACACGAUGAUUGGAAUUUAACGACUUUUGGAUAAAAUUCGAUCCUAAUUUCACGACGACUUUGGCAUAGAUUUGUGACUACGACGAUGCAAAUUAUUUUUUUCACAAACAAAAAAAAGCAAAACUCUUAUAAAAUUAAUAAUCAAAUCAAUAUUUUUUUCUCUCUUCUUUUGUUUAUUGAUCAGCUUGAUUUAUUAAUUAAUUCGCAUAUAUUAUCCAUAUAUUAGCGCUUUUAUGCUUCAAUAUUGAGUGUCUUCUUAAUAAAAAUGACCACCAUGUCAUUUUGUCUGUCUUGGGGAACAGAAGGA